GCGCACCCCCCGUGCUCCACACCCCACAGCCCCCGCUCGGCCAGGAGUAUUGUAGUGGGGGCUUGUCGCUUUCACGGUCUCUCUCUUUUUCUCUCUUUCUCUCUUUCUUCUUUCUCUCUCUCCCUCUUCUUUUUCUCCGUCCCGUCUCUUUUUCUCUCUCUCUUUCUCUCUUCUCUUUCCACACAGGCACACAGACGCACGCAGACACACACACACACGCACACAGACACACGAGCGACACUCGCCCGCUCGCUCCCAGGAAUAUGGCGGCGAGUCAGGGCAGCGGCGGCGGCGGCGGCGGCGGCGGCGGGGGCAGCCCGGCUUCGGGGUCCGCAGCUGCAGCGGGGGCGGGCCCGGGGGCAGGUCCGGUUCCCGGCCCGGGGCCGGCUCUCUUCAGCCAACCUUUCUCGGCCGGCCCGCAGUGGCCACCACCGGCGGCCGGCCGCAGCCUGGACCGGGCCCUGGAGGAGGCAGGCACAUCAGGCAUCCUGAGCCUCAGCGGCCGCAAGCUCCGCGACUUCCCUGGCUGCGGCUACGACCUCAGCGACACCACGCAAGCAGAUCUUUCAAGAAAUCGAUUUACAGAGAUUCCUUCUGAUGUCUGGCUAUUUGCACCACUUGAGACCCUAAAUUUAUAUCAUAAUUGCAUCAAAGCCAUUCCUGAAACCAUAAAAAACCUGCAGAUGUUAACAUAUCUUAAUAUUAGUCGAAAUCUUUUAUCAACAUUGCCAAAAUAUCUGUUUGAUCUCCCGCUUAAAGUGUUGGUUGUCAGUAAUAAUAAGCUGGUUUCCAUUCCCGAAGAAAUAGGGAAAUUAAAAGACUUAAUGGAAUUGGAUAUUAGCUGCAAUGAAAUUCAGGUCCUCCCCCAACAGAUAGGAAAAUUACAUUCGCUUAGAGAGCUAAACAUAAGAAGAAAUAAUCUUCACAUGUUGCCAGAUGAAUUGGGAGAUCUUCCCUUAGUGAAGCUGGAUUUUUCUUGUAACAAAGUGACAGAAAUUCCCGUUUGUUAUAGGAAACUCCGUCAUUUGCAAGUGAUCAUUUUGGAUAACAAUCCAAUGCAGAUUCCACCUGCACAGAUAUGUUUAAAGGGUAAAGUACACAUAUUUAAAUUCUUAAAUAUUCAAGCAUGUUGUAGAAUAGAGAAGAAGCCUGACUCCUUGGACCUUCCUUCAUUGGGUAAAAGGAUUCCCUCUCAGCCUCUCACAGACAGUAUGGAAGAUUUCUAUCCAAAUAAAAACCAUGGCCCCGAUUCUGGUAUCGGAAGUGAUAAUGGAGAGAAACGACUAUCUACAACUGAGCCAUCAGAUGAUGACACAAUCAGCCUUCACUCUCAAGUAUCAGAAUCGACCAGAGACCAGACUCUAAGAAAUGACAAUCACUUGAUGAGCAACAAACUUGACUCUCAUAAAGACCAGGAGGUGUAUGAUUACAUUGACCCCAACCCAGAGGAUGUAGCAGUCCCUGAACAAGGAGAUGCACAUAUUGGAUCCUUUGUCUCGUUCCUGAAGGGAAGAGAAAAAUAUUCUGAGAAAUCUCAGAAAAAUGAAGAAUGGGGAGAUGAGAAAAGGCUUCAGAAAGAGCAGUUCCUUGCAGAGGAAGAGGAUGAAGAUUUGAAGGAAGUGACUGAUUUAAGGAAAAUAGCUGCUCAGUUAUUGCAACAGGAGCAGAAGAACAGACGGAGACCUUUAAGUUAUAGAACAUCAUUCAGUGAAAAACUCUUCCAGAGGACCAGAGCAGCAGGACGCGCAUCAAGACUCCUUAAUCAUUCAUCUUCUGUAAACCCCAGAAACCGACCUAAGCAAACAGUGGAAUUUGACAAAAGUGUCUUGGCAGAUGAAGUAAAUUCUGCAUUGUCACCCUUCACAUGGCAGCCUUUAGGAAACCAGAAAGAUCCAGCUGAUGAACAGCAGUGGCCUGAAACUCCACCUAUAAUUUGGCAGAAUGAAGAAAGGAGGAGAAGCAAACAAAUUAGAAAAGAAUAUUUCAAGUAUAAAUCCUCAAGGAAGAAUUCAAGUGGAAAUGAACAUGAUGAGCAAGACAGUGAUAAUGCUAAUGUGUCCCCACAGUCUCCAGUAUCAUCUGAGGAUUAUGACAGAAGUGACAGUUGUUCACACGGUCCAUUUGGCUUGAAGCCUAGAUCAGCUUUCAGCCGUUCAUCUCGCCAGGAAUAUGGGACAGCAGAUCCUGGAUUUACAAUGAGAAGAAAGAUGGAACACUUAAGGGAGGAAAGGGAGCAGAUACGACAGCUUCGUAAUAAUCUUGAAUCGAGGUUAAAAGUAAUUUUGCCUGAUGAUAUUGGAGCAGCAUUAAUGGAUGGAGUAGUUCUUUGCCAUUUAGCCAAUCACAUAAGGCCACGCUCUGUAGCUAGUAUUCAUGUACCAUCACCAGCAGUGCCUAAGCUAAGCAUGGCAAAAUGUCGAAGAAAUGUAGAAAACUUUCUUGAUGCUUGUAAAAAAUUGGGUGUCUCACAGGAAAGACUCUGCUUGCCGCACCAUAUUUUGGAAGAAAGAGGUCUGGUGAAAGUCGGCGUUACAGUUCAGGCUCUUCUGGAGCUGCCCACUACUAAAGCAUCUCAACUGUCAGCAGCUUGACCUGACUGGAAAUAAUUAUACAAACAAAUUCUAGUUUUAUUUAUUUGUACUCAUUUUGUGCACCUCAGCUUUCUGAAUGAGAAUGGCCAAUGAAAAAGUUUUUGUCUAGAAUGAUGUCUUUGUUUUAUUGUAUAGAUGACAUUGAAGUCCAAUCAAAGAAAGCUUGGUUAAGUAAUGAAGCUCCUUUAAAAACGAGAUUCAGAAAACAGUUUCUCAUGUACACAGAUUCUUUUUACUACUAAAUCAAUUGAUAAUGCUUGAUUAUUUUUGGAAAAACUAGAUUAUUGGUAAAUUGAAAAUGUGGCUUAACAUAUUUUGAAAUCUCCACAUAAGGGUAGCUAUCAGAAAUUAAUCCAUUUUUACUAAUUCCCAAUAGUCUUAUAUUUGAGUCCUUAAUUACACUCAAAUAUAAUUUAUAUACUUCAUGAAUUCUCCAGUCCUUAGGGAGUAUGAUACCUACACAGACCAGAAGAGUUUGCAAAAAAGGAACCUUGAUUCUUUUAGUCUGCUAGGUUGGUGCCAACACAGUUUCAGUUGUGCUGGAGAUUGUUUACAUGGGAAGUGCCUGUGUAAUUGAUGACUCUUAGAGUCUUAAACCUUUUUGGAAUUUCUCUCUGUAUGGAUGUGUUCAUUUGAACUUUGCUGAUAUUUUCUAGUUUUCUGCCAGGCCAGUGAUGUGUGAGGAUUGAAGCAUGCCUCACCGUGUUUGAUUGCACACUAUUUUUUAGUUAUUUCAUGUUGUCAAAAAUAAUAUGUGUGAUUUAUUGAUGCUAUUUAAUUUUACAAAAUGGAAUCAUCUUUUAAUAUGUAUUAUCAUUUGAGUCAUAUUUUAUUUUGUAUUAUAGUGAAAGAGGAUCCAGAAAACAGGGAGGGAUUUGAGAAGUAGGGAAAUACUGAAUAGCAGGCAUAUUGUAAUACAACUGCCAAAACCUCAGGUUGACAUCUCAACUUUCAGACUUGUUACUACAUCCUUCCUAGCUUCACAAUACAUCUGUGUAGCAACAACAAUCUCAUAAAUAAUUGAAAAUCUAGGACAGCAGUUCACUAGGUUACAGUGUUCAGUGCCACCAUUUGAAUAUAUUCAUGUUCCUGCAUUGUGCCGUGGAGGUGCCCUGUUUCUGGGCCCCAGUAUUGCCAUUGUGGCCUGUGAGUCACAAGGAAAGUCCCAGCUGGAAGGCUCUCAUGAGUUUAGAGUCCAAAUCUCCUUUAAUUUUCAAGGUGGCUAAUUUGAAGGCUACAGCAGUCAGAGAGGGCUCUAAAAUUUGCCUAAUUUUGGCCUUUUUCCCCAUAGAAAACUCUGGCUGGUGACUUUUGUAGUAACCGUGCCAAGUAUUUUGUAAAAUAUUAUUAUUAUUAUUAUUAUUGCACUCAUUACCUCUUAAUACAUAUGCAAUUUGAUUUAAAACGUUGGCCUUGGUAUUUCAAAGAGUUCUAAGUUUGGUGAGGGACAGUAUGGGGUGAGCAAAGUAGAGAAAGGAUGUCCAAGUUUCAAUCUCUAAAUGAAUAAAACCCAUGAAACCAAACAGUGUUGUACUAAGAGCUGAUUCAGGAGCGGUUCUGAUAUUUUACUCCAGUUGGUGAGUAACCGUGCCAUUUAGCAUUGAAUUUUGGCUUUAGAAUAAAGGAUAGCAUUUCUCCAGUAGCAUAUAGGUGCUCUUCAGGAGGUACAUUUCUUUGUGGCUGUAAGAUUUUGAGGAAUUAAAGUGGAUUUAGUCUGUUGUUGAAAUAUCUCAAAGUAGUUACCAAUCACUGCCUCCCUUGGGCAAUACUUGGGUAGCCUAUGAAUGUGUGUAAGACAUGGCCAAGAGGCCAUUUUUAUACAGAAAUUUGACAGCAUUCCAGUAAUAUAACCAUUAAAAUGUAGUGUCUUAACUCUUUUACCAUAUCAUUCCCUUUAUGAUUCAGCUAUAUCUUGACAAGUACUUUUAUAUUUCACAUGAGUGUACUUCAGUGGAGCCCAGGAAUGUUACCCACCCUGAAGACUUUUAGGCUAGUACCUUAUUAUCUAUAAUUGACUGAGUAAUUAUUUAUUACUUUAAAAAUAGUCUAGAACCUCAAUAAAACAUUCUUUGUUGAAAGGCAGAAUUCAGUGUAAGGUGGGAGCUUCCCAUCCUAAUCCAGGGGGGUUUACUUACUUGUCUGAAGUAUACCAAAAGGCAUUUUGGCCCAGAAGAUGGUCCUGUGGCGUAGUGCAGUCUCCUAAGAUAGCAAGAGAGCAAGGCUCCAAUGUAUUUCUCUUAGUAGAUUUUCAGUGUUGAAACUUGGUGUUGGUGUUUUUGGCAAUGUUUUCUAUUAUGAUAUAUUUAUUUCACCAGUUACUGGAUUAAGAAUGAUUUCUUUACAUUAUAGAAAAUGGAUUUGCUGUUCCCUGGGGGAUAGAUGAUCAAAGUGAACUAUUUUCAUGUUUCCUAAAAUAACAGUACGGUAGAUUGCUACUUCUGUAAGAUUCAAUGACCUUGUGGCACAAGGAAGCUUAAAUGUUAGAUAUGUUAGAAUGGAAACACAGAGUAAAAAUGUAUUACUGUUUGGUUAAUCAUUAUCUUGAAAUAAUGUUAGGUUAACCUUUUUUCUACUUGAGUCUUUUGGAAGCUUUGGAAAUGUGUACUUAGAUCCUAGCUCUACCAUAAUCCAUUUUCACCUGCAUUGAGAAUCUGUCAAACUGCUCGUUGUAAAUUACCCAUGCCAACUGUGGGUAGAGAAAAUGGAAAUGAGAGAAUAAAAGUCUGGGACAGCAUUUCUUUCUUUUUUUUCCAAUAUCAAAACCUCCAUUUCUUUUCACAUGUUUAAAGGUUUAAAGUCUGGGUCGAACAGUAUGUAUGUAUAAUGUGGAUCACACCAAAAGCGUUCACAUUAGAAGCAUUUCAGUGACAAAUGUAUGUUCAUGCACCCUUUCAAAAGCCAGCUCAAAUUUGUACCCCCCAAGUAUAAGUAGACCUUUUUACACCGAAAGCAUUCACUUGAACAUAACCUAAUAUAUAGCUGGUCGGCAGUGGUUUCAGUCUGUGUGGAGAGGGCAGAGCUAGAGUAAAUUGGAACGGCCUUCGUUCAUAAAUAGAGGCAGCCUGACAUGGUUACAGGUCCAGGCCUCGUCCUUAGAGAUUCCUACCCAAAUGCUUUUGUCUGAGGUACUCAAUUGGGUUAACCUGAAGAUAGAGGAGAAAAUGUUAAUUAAUUUUUCAUUUUCACAUAAUUCUCCUUGGAAGCAAAAAAAAAUUGCAACCCACACUGUCCCAUCUUCAUACUAUCAAGUCUUGGAUGGCAGUGACUAGGACUUUGUUUCCCUUCUGUUACUGCCUAAAAUGUAUAUUGUAAGAAUGUGUGGCCAAUAAAUGUUUAUUGGAUUGAAUUGAAUUCCCAGAUUUUAUCAUAAACUUAGGGAAUGCUCUUAAUUGAAUUUUGAAUAAAAGUGAAUUGUUGCCCAGGAAAACUAUUUAAAUGUAUAGGCAUUCUCUGUUAUUUAACAACCUGACCUGCAGUUUCAAAUUUAGGGAAUUGCUUAUCUAGUAAGCAGAUUUGGGUUGUUGUUUCAGUCACGUCCAACUCUUCAUGACCCCAUUUGGGGUUUUCUGGGCAGAGAUGCUGGGGAGGUUUACUAUUUCCUUCUCUAGCUCAUUUUCCAGUUGAGGAAGUAAGCCCUACAGGGUUAAGUGAAUUGCCAAGGGUCCCACAGAGCUAGUAGGUUUCUGAGACUGGAUUUGAACUUGUGAACAUGAGUCUUCCUGACUUCAGGCCCAGUGCUUGAUCCCAUUGUUCCACCUACCUGCCCUAGGGAACAGAUUUGAUAUUUAUUAAAUGAAGACCUGAAGUUGACAGAAUUUUAAUGUACAUUGAUUGUAUUCCUUGCUUUUGUAAUCUGAUAAUUGACUUUGAAUGAUGGGGACAGGAUACUCUGAGACUCUGACCCAAUGGUGCUGAGUCCUAGAACCUGGUGUACCUUUGGCCUAUUAUCCAUCUAGAACAUUGAGCUCUUAUAUCGAGCUUUUUGGGAAAUGUCCUGGGCUCUAAAUUUAAAAUGAAUUCAAUGGAGAAAAUCACAAAUUAGUCAUUUGUUCACAAAUAGGUUUUAGUUACAGUUGUAUUUGAAGAUAAAUAUGGUUCUAGUACGUAGGGAGCAUAGAGUUUCUACCUAUGUUUUAUUUUUGUGAAGUCUGUUACAGUCAGUUUAACAUUUAUUGGGUACAUGGAAAAUUCAAGUUGGAAGAGCUCUCUUAUGUUAUUUAUGCUGGCCUGAUACAAAGAGAGAAGUCUUUGAGAGAGCUCCUCAUUCCCAGCAAAAUUAGAAGGCCCAAGGUUCUUAAGGAGUGUAUUAUUGGGUUUGUAAUUCUAAAAACUUUAUGAUUGAUCAACUCUUGCUUUCUCUAUUUAUAAUUGCGAUAACUUUGUCAUUUCUGGUUAGAAAUAAAUGUUUUAAUCAGUUCCAAAAUCUAGAUGAAAAGCAUGUAGGGUAUGUGUGCAGAUGAGAACAUGUGCAUAGAAUUAGUUUUUUUUAAUGUGUAAAUUGGACUUUGCAAAACUGCCAUCUGAUAUUUGUAAUAAUAAAAAGGCAUAAUUCAAAAUAA